AGGUCAGUUUACAUUUUUCGUUCGACGUUGCAUUUUCUAAGCGAUAUCUGUGAAAUUCCGUGUUCCGGAACAACAACGGAUGGACGGACAAUACGAAUUUCUAGCAAACAGCGUGGUGAAAUCGUGAAAUCAUUUUUACAUAUAGAAAUAUAUAAAAAAAAAUAAAAGCAAAUAACCAAAAUUAUUUGCAGUCCAAAAGGAAAAACAUACCACAGCUAGAGGAACGAGAAAAAUAAAGACUACAUUUUUGUAUUUCCCCCCCUCCUGAGUGAAAAGCAUCCAACAAACAUCCCAAACCUCAGAGUCACAUACAGGCUUCUCUGCUUUACAUAUUCCACAGUUCUAGCUAAAGACUUGUCAAAGUAAAAAGCCGUCCUCACACUCACACGCACACGCACACAGCCACAGUAACCAAAAAAAGGAGCCAACGCUAUGAGUAAAGCCACAGGUCCCACUCCACCACAGUACACUUAUGUGCCACCACCAUCAGCACCUCCCUCAUACCAGGAGGCUGUGGGUGGCGUCAAACCUGUGGGCCCAUUCACACCCGUUGUACCACCAACGGCUGCGACGACAAAUGCCACCAUUGUUACCACUGUUGUGCCCAUCGGACGCACUGCCACACAUAUGAUAUGCCCCUCGUGCCAUGCUGAAAUUGAGACGACAACACGUACUGAACCUGGAAUGAUAGCAUACUUAUCUGGUUUUGUAAUUGCAUUACUGGGAUGCUGGCUUGGCUGCUGUUUGAUUCCCUGCUGCAUCGAUGACUGCAUGGAUGUCCAUCACACAUGUCCCAACUGCAAGGCUUACUUGGGACGCUAUCGGCGAUAAACCAUGCCAAAGAGGCCGCACUAAAGAAUCUAUAUAAAGAAGAUAAGCCAACAAGCACACACACACACACAUACAUACAUACAGCUC